CUUUGGGUCUCUGUCUCCCUUGAGCAACAUAGUUUCAAGAAUUUUAAUUUAUUUUCUGCACAUCUGUAGGGCCCAUUGUUUAUUUUUUUUAUGAAAAAGUUAGGAUUGGCUAUCAAAUUCUAGAGUUCUGUGAUGAUUGAAUUUCUAUUUAAAUGCAUUUCUAUUCUAUUUGCAUUCCCACAUAAUAACACCUGAAGCAUCCUGGCAGAGUGUUAUCAAACGGCCCAUGAGUGGUUGAAAUUUACUGUUUUGCAGGUUAUAGCGUGAUCAACGAUUAGAACCAGGCUUGGCAAAUGAACCUCUAGAGUGUACUCAGAUGUUUGGAAUAAUCUUCUUGGCCUGUUAAAUGGACUUUUUUAAGUUAAAUUGAGAAGAAGAGGAUGUAUAUACCAAAUGCCAACCUGUUCCAAAAGCUGCCACCUCUUGUCAGUGUACUAAACAAAACAACCGGCAAACUAAACUUGUGAUUCAGAUUCCUGCAGGAUUAGGCAAUAGGAUAAUAGUACUGUAAAUUUUGCUUUUCGAUAUUAAGCUUGAAUUGCUUGGAUCACAUUAAGUAAUCUUUAUGAUUUUGCAGGUCCUCUUAGGAAUUAGUCCACACUGAAAGGCCGUUUCUUGUCUAGCAUCUGGGUUCCUUGAUUUUGGUCUCUAGAUGGUGUUCUCAUUGAUCCGUUAUCAACCUUAUUGCACUGGUGCUGUACUCUCUGCCAAUUAUCAGAUUUCUAGGUAUGCCCGACUUGGCCUCAUUGAAAAUGCCCGGAGAGUGUUCGAUGAAAUGCCUCACAAAAGCAUUAUUUCUUGGAACUCCAUUAUUGCUGCAUAUUUCCAAAACAAGCUACCCCAAGAAGCCCGGAGUCUGUUUGACAGAAUGCCUGACAGGAACACGACUUCAUGGAAUGGGUAUGUGCAGGAAGGUGUAAUCUUGGAGGCUGAAUCCCUCUUUUGGCAAAUGCCAGAAAAGAAUGUUGUCUCUUGGACUGUCAUGUUGGGUGGGCUGAUUCAAGAUCGUCGGAUUGAUGAUGCUCGUCGGCUUUUUGAUGAAAUGCCAAUUAAGGAUGUGGUCACCUGGACUACUAUGAUUUCAGGGUAUUGCCAAGAAGGCCAUUUGGCUGAAGCUCGUGAGCUCUUCGAUACCAUCCCACGUCGAAACAUAAUCACCUGGACGACUAUGAUAUCGGGUUAUGCGCAUAAUCUUCAGGUAGAUAUUGCAAGGAAGCUUUUUGAAGUAAUGCCAGAAAAGAAUGAAGUUUCUUGGACAGCGAUGCUUACUGGUUACACACAAUCUGGUAGGAUCAAAGAAGCGGUGGAGAUUUUUGAAACAAUGCCAGAGAAGUCAGUCAUUUCUUGUAACGCAAUGAUCCUCGGAUUUGGCCAGAGUGGAAAUGUUUCUGCAGCAAGGUGUGUAUUUGACAGAAUGAGGGCAAAAGAUGAUGGGACCUGGAGUGCAAUGAUUAAGGGCUAUGAAAGAAAUGGGUUUGAAUUGGAAGCACUCAACAUGUUUGCUCUAAUGCAAAGAGCAGGAAUUAGGCCAAAUUACCCUUCUUUGAUUAGUGUUCUUUCUGUCUGUGCCAGCUUGGCAAUUCUUGAUCACGGUAGGCAAAUUCAUGCUGAGGUGGUAAAAUCACAGUUUGACUUGGAUGCAUUUGUUGCUUCAGCCUUGAUCACAAUGUAUGUUAAGUGUGGUGAUCUUUUUAAGGCAAAAAAAGUGUUUGAUAGGUGUUCUCUAAAGGAUAUUGUUAUUUGGAAUUCUAUGAUCACUGGUUAUGCCCAACAUGGCUUAGGAGAGGAAGCUCUGGAAGUGUUUAAUGAAAUAUGUUCUAUAGGCAUGGCACCUGAUGAUGUUACAUUUGUUGGAGUUCUUUCUGCAUGUAGUUACACUGGAAGGGUCAAGGAAGGGCUGGAAAUUUUUGAGUCAAUGAGAUCGAAUUAUUAUGUUGAGCCAACGGCUGAACAUUAUGCUUGCAUGGUUGAUCUGCUUGGUCGAGCUGGCCAUAUCAAUGACGCGAUGAAUUUGAUUGAAAAGAUGCCAAUUGAAGCUGAUGCUGUUGUUUGGGGUGCUUUAUUAGGUGCAUGUAGGACACACAAGAACUUGGAGUUGGCUGAGGUAGCAGCGAAGAAACUUUUGUUGCUUGAGCCCAAAAAUGCGGGGCCUUAUAUCUUGCUAUCCAAUAUUUAUGCUUCAAAGGGCAGAUGGGAAGAUGUUGUGGAUCUGAGAAAAGUGAUGAAAGCCAGGAAUAUAAGCAAGUCACCUGGCUGUAGCUGGAUUGAGGUCGAGAACAAAGUGCAUAUAUUUACCGGGGGAGAUAGUGUGGAGCAUCCUGAUCAUGGGGCUAUUGUGGGAAUGUUGGAGAAAUUAGGUGGGUUAUUAAGGGCUGCUGGUUAUUGUCCAGAUGGCAGCUUUGUGCUGCAUGAUAUAGAUGAGGAACAGAAGGUGCAUAACUUAGGUUACCACAGUGAGAAGCUUGCUGUGGCAUUUGGGCUGUUGAGGGUGCCUGAAGGAAUGCCCAUCCGGGUCAUGAAGAACCUUCGGGUGUGUGGGGAUUGCCAUUCAGCAAUUAAAUUGAUAGCAAAAAUUACAGGGCGAGAGAUCAUCCUGAGGGAUGCCAAUAGAUUCCAUCAUUUUAAAGGUGGCCUGUGUUCUUGCAGAGACUAUUGGUGAGGUCAACCUAUAUAUUCUAAUUGAAGUUAGUGAGGUAAAGUAUAUCUUCUAAUUGAAGUAAUGGUCAGGUAGGUCCUUCUCAUUCCAUAACCCAGGAGGAUUUGCUAUAAUAGAAAUCAGCCGUCUCUUCUGUCAAAACUCUUCCAUGGCUAGGGUAGGGGUAAAAUCCAGACAAAUAAUCUUCUAGACAUCCGAUGCAACUUUUCUGUUGUUGGGAGCCUUAGAUGGUAGGGUCCUUGUGCACCCUCUUUGCACAUGCUUUACUUGUAGUUCUGAUCUGUGCCUAUAAUAAACUAUUCUCCCAAUUUAUAGGCAGAUAGAACAAGAACCUUGUAUAUUCGCCAUCUUCACUCAGUUGAGUUGGUAUCUACAUUGCAUUAUAAGGGAGAAGUAGUGUGUUUAAUUCUCCAUUGGUACAUGACAAUACUGGUCGACACAUUGGUCUAUCAUGCAUCACUGUCCCAUCCUCAAUCUGCUUCCUCGCUCUGCAAGUCAGGAUUCUUCAGUGAACAGGAGUCUUCAGUGAACAACUACCCUUUCAAAAGUAAGGUACAUUAUAAGUUCGAUAUUUAUUUCUAAUUGGUGCACUGAAGCUGUCUAUUUUACUUUACGAUUUGAGCUAAUGACAAGCACAAAUGUCAAAAUGGGGUUUUCAUGAAUGGCAGCACAUGCUGCAUUCUCACUCCUUUGUUUACAAAGUUGUUUCUGUUAUAUUGGCAAAGUUCUGUCAUCUGAGUACAUCAUCGAUCUGGCCUUGUUCAGUCUCUUACAAGCAGGAAAUAAACUCACUUUUGAUAAAUGUAUGUUCUCGUUAGUUUUAAGCCUUGGAUUAGUAUGCUUUCUCCCCUCCCUAACCCCCCCCAACCCCCGCGUUGCUAAGAUCAUGUAUGUUUCUCUGUUUAUUUCUUUCUUAGGGUGUAUCACAAAUUAUUUGGAUCCACAUGUUAUUAAUAAUACUGCCACUGUAAGUCUAGGAAGCUUUAUCUUUGUAGGUUGUAAGAAACUCUCAUCCAGAAAUUUUUAUUGAAUAAUAGUCUACUUCUAAGCAAAUUUACAAUAGUUGAUAGGGGAAGUCAUACAAUUCGAGAUUAUCUUCUCCAUUAAUAAGGUUAGUAAUGUGUUUGAAGGGCUAAUAGUACGAGAUGAAUAGUCCAAUACAGCAGUACAUGGAGGCCUUAUGAUUAAAUAGGACCAGAAAGUACCAAUCAAAUAAUCAAAAUGGUCAUGUAGUCUUCUUCGUGGCUCAAAUAGGUGACCAAUGUAAAAUAAUGCAGCCCACUUGGAAAUAUCUUCAGCAGUUAAAAGUUCAUAUUAAAUUUUUACAGAACUAUUUCCAGAGACCUGAACAGUUUUCACAUGUUUUUAUGUGAUCCUUCCCUGGUCUUACAGUCUGUUUUUGGAUUUUCGCUCUUCCUGUUUUAAUCAACUAGAUCGAUUCUUGUGAUGGACCAGAUAAUGUUUCAACGUUUAUGUUUUUCUUUUCUCAAGUUUGACAUCAAAUAGAGCUGUCUGGAGGGCUAUGAUCCAUGUAGCCGACCCUAUCUAAGUGGGUUUUACUGAGUUGUUGUGUGGGGGUGCUCCUUCCUUUUACUACUAUUUUUGUCUUUGCUCGGAUAAAUGUAGCCGACCCUAUCGAAGUGGGUUUUAAUGAGUUGUUGUGUGGCAGUGUUCCUUCCUUUUACUACUAUUUUUUUUUUCUUUGCUCAGAUCCAUGUAGCUGACUGAUGUAGGGGGUUCCUAGGUGACUAGGUUUCCUACAAGAUUAACUAACUAGGUAGGGCAAACUCAAGGAAUUUGGGCUGGUUAGGAUAAAGGGAGCUCAACAAACAAGAUUACAUGCAAAGUAAAAGUGAGGCUAAUAAACAAAGUAACAAAGAGCAAUAAUAAUCUAGGAAGAAAAGUAUAUGAACUCACUCAAGUGUCAAGGGGGAACAUGGGGUAGGGAAUAUGGCAGCUAGCAAAAUUAGGUUAUAACACUAGCCUAUUAGGCACCAAAAGUAGAUAAAAACCCCAUGCUAUAUGCUCUAAAAUCAGUUAAACUAGUAAUAAAAAGACUAGCAAUACUUGAGGCAAACAGUGAUGUAAAUAAAGGUUUAACAAUGGCUAAAGGGGGUGGGUUCUAAUGGAAGUAACGGAGUAAAUAAUGAGGGGAUAAUGGGGGGAAUGGGAGGGUUCCCUCUAUACUUACCUGCUGCCUAGGUCUGAGAAUAAAGAAGACAGCCCAGAUUUGAAGAUGGUGCCCAGCAGUAGUCCGUUCAUUGAAAGGAGGUCACAGCAUCAACAGAGAUUAACAGCAGCAGCCAAGAGAAAGCAGCAGUAGCAGAGAACAGCCGGCAGCAGUAGACAGUAAGCAGCAGCAGAGAACAUCCAACAACAGUAGACAGUAAACUACAGCAGCAACAGUAAACAGUAGCAGUAAAAGGGAAUUGGAAAAGAGAGAGGGAGGCGAGAGAAGAGAGAAUCGAGAGAGGGAAAAAAAGAGAGAGGCAAGAAAGAGAAUGAGGGGAGGACGAGAUUGAGAGAGAAAGAGAAUCAUUAGAGGGGUGGGGAAUUGCUCAUUGGCUUUUUUUUUCAAUUCUAAUUCAUUAAUUGUAAGAUGGCCAAUGGCCUUACACAUAAAUAGAGAACUAGUUACUAGAAGAAAAAAAGAUUAGCUCUAGGAAUAUAAUUUCAGAAUAAAAGUUUCUUAAAACAAAUAGGAAAUAAAAUAGAAGUGUUAUUUAGUUUCCUACUUAAUUCAAAUAUUUAAAUAAACAAGGUACUAGGAAAAAAGCUACUAAAAUAACUAAUAGCCGUGGGCUCCACAAAAUCUGGACAAUAGGAGAGAGAGAAAGAGGAAGAGACCAGCGAUAGUCUCUUUCCUCAUUCUCACGGUAGACCAAGAAGGGUCGACCAGCAGCCUUCUUCCUCCUUUCUUCCUUCUUUCUUUUAUCUUCCUUCCUGGUUUCUUCUAAUCUUCCAACCACAGAGAUGGGACUGGUUUGGCCUUCUUCUUCUUUCGAUUGUACACUUUGAUGUCCCCAUCACCGACUCUGUUUAGUUGGGAUAAGGCUGAGUUGUUCUUGUUGUAAUAUCAGGUUAGGAAAUCAGAAAGUUGGAUAUGGAACUAUGAAGGAGUAAAUCUGUCACUGAUUUGAUACAGGUUGUGUUCUAUAUAUGCAGUCAGAUCAACUUUUUGGAAUAAAAUGCCAACUAACGAAAUCAGAAAAUCAUUUCUGGAACUAUAAAGGAGCUACUGUCACUGAAUUGCAGCAGAUUGUGUUCUAUAUGUAGUCAGAUCAAGUUAGGAAGUAAAAUAGCAAGCUUACAAUUUUUCUGAUCUUAGGAUUUUAGGGAAAAAGGUAAAAUAUUACUAGAAAUUGGAGAUUAGAUGUAAACAUAAGCACAGAUAAAUCUGUUGAAUGUCUAAACAGAAAGCAUUGUAGCUUAUAGGAGCCAGCAAUAAUUAGGCUGUUAUCUUCUCAAACUCCCUCCCCUUUCUCUGUGAUGUGAUGCAGGACGAGAUCGAUAGCCUGUGGUUGAUUAGCCCUUGCAGAUCCAAAUUGUUGGGAAUUGAGAUAAUUGUAUCCUUAUCUAACUACUAGAUAAUUGAGAUGGUUUUGAAUUUGUAAAUGAAUAGCUCAUGUUUCUAGCACGUGGUUCCUUUAUUCCUGGGGGGCCAGGUGGUCUUGAGGCUUCCUACAUCAACUGAGUUUGAGGCUGCUCAAUUUUUGCUUUGCAUCAAUGAAAUUAUAUUUAUCUUC